AUGGAAGCUAAAAAAAAAAAAAUUAUAAACAAAGGCAUUUGCGCUCCUACAAAUAAAAUAUCAAAUAUUUUGUUAAAGACAAAAUAUGGCGAAAAAUAUCCAAAGACCUUAUCAGAGGAGUAUGCCCAAAAUUUAAAUUUACAAGGCCCCCAAAAUAAUUUAGAGCAUAACCAAGCUUAUGAUAAUGCUAUAGAUUUAAAAUUAAAAACACUUAUCAAGCAUUUAUAUAAUCUAAAAUCCAAAUUGGAACAUGAAAAAAAAAUACAAAAAGGAAACAAAAAAAAUAUUUUACUCAAUGAAAUAAAUAUCCAAAAGGACGAACAAAUAAAUAUUAACAGUCAUAAAAAAAAGCGUCCCAUAAAAAAUGAUGGUCUAAAAAUCGCUGGGAAUGUUACUCCAAAUAAUAAAUUAUAUGAACAGUACAUAAAUGGGGAAUCAGUUAAAAAUGUAAUUCCGCAACUAAUAAAGGCAAUCGAAAUUUAUAAAAACAAAAAUAUAGAAGAACAAAGAAGUAAAACAUGUAUUAUUGAAAAAUAUGAAAAUAUGUUAAGGAAUAUUAAAAAAAGACACAUAAAAGAGAUCAAUGAAAUAAAAAAUUAUAUACUUAUGGAUGUUGAUUUUUUAAUACAAAAAUACAGAAAUGUAUCAUUUGAAUUGUUACAAAUUAGUAAAGAUAAGGAAAAUGAAAAAGUUCGUGAAAAAAAUAAAAUUACUGAAAUAUGUGUUAAUGCGUGUAAAAGAUUCGAGGAGGAUGUAAAUAAAAAAGCCAAGGACUUUGUUGAAAUACACACAUCCCAAAUCAGCAAAUCAAUAAACAAUAUUAAUAAGGAGAAUGAUAAUUUACAAAAAAAAAUAAUUUCCUUGAAAAAAAAAAAUGAAGAGGAGAUAAAUAUAAAUCAAAAAAAAAACCUUGAAAUAUUUCAAAAUCAAAUAAAUGAUGAACGUGAAAUUAAUGAAGAACUUAGAAAUCAAAUUUUGUUCGAAAAGAUCCAACAAAAUGAUUUUAUGAAAAAUUUAUAUUCUAGUGUUGAUUCUCAAAUAAAAAACUAUGAAGAAAAUAUUAUAAAAAUAUUUCAUGAUAUACUACUUGAAUAUAAUAUUAAUAUUGACAUUUCUACAUUGUCUGAAAAUAUAAAUAAAGCCAUGGAUGUGCGUUACAAAAAUGGAAACGCAAACAAUUACAUUAUCACCGAGGAACAUGACCAGACAAAUGGAAAAUAUUCCUUCGCCCCGUCAUAA